AUGCUGGCGGACGAUCUGCCGCAGUUGCUACAGAGUCUGUUGGUGGGUGUCGAGCGGGUCAUCUGUCGGCUGCCGCUGGACGAUCUGACUUUCCCCGCGUCCGCGGACGAGGCGGCGUGCGAGGAGGUGAAUGGGAGCGCGGGCGCACCGCGCCGCUUCCCCGACAGCACACUGAAGCGCCGUGAGCUGAUAACGCGCAACACCAUGAUUAGCAACAAGUACACACUCCUGCGAGCCAUCAAGAGUGAAUCCGGCACAGUGGACUCCGCAGCGUCCGCGGGCGAUGCUGAGACGGCGUCCAUGCCACUCUUCUGUCUGGGUGGAUCGUUUCCCCAUAUUGACAGUGACGAAGAAAGUGGCGAUGAGACGAGGAAAACAAACACCACGACAGUGGUGAACACUCCUCAAGAGAUCAGCCCGCCCAAAUCAAUACAAGACUUGCCGGAGAAACUACUAAUGGCAGGAAUUUACUUACCAGGCAUAAAAGACAAGAACAAUACUUCGAUUAUCGUGAUCGAGGCUCAGAAAUUGAUGGAAGCAGCGGUGAAUUGCUACGAAAUCGCCACUGUCUUUCUCUACUACAGCACAGUACCUACUAGUCCCGUCCCUUUUACCAUCCACUUGGUGGCGAAUGAAAGUGCCGAGCUGAGCGUGCUGGAGCUGUUGGACAGCAGCCUCCAGUUGCUGCAUGGGCAUGUCGCCGUCAAGCGCGUUAUCGUGUCCGGGACAUUCCAGAUAUCAGCGGCGGAUCAGCGAUCGCCCAGAGAUCACUUGCCAGCCAGUCGUGUCGAGAUUAAGUACUGCUGCUGCGCGUCUGAUUCAUCAAUCAGAAGUUACAUAAGCCCAGAAAACGUCCUGCGAGUGCACGGCGGCGAGCGCGACCACGACCAGCAGCAGUGGCGGGAGUUCUUCAUUGCCCUCGAGCCAAUUCAAAGUCAGUGCAUUUCGGUGGGAAAGAAACUAGUUACCGUAAUGGGAGACAUCAGGAAUUCGGACCAGCAGGGUUUGCCGUCGCGGCGACAGCUUCACUCGCAGCAUCGCGCCCUGAGUCGCGCCCUGAUGGAUCCGGAGCUGCAGAAUCUGCGCCGCAAGGGUCUGGCCACACUGUCGCGCCUCCAGGAGCGAUCGCAGCGCGUCUCGGGCCACGAUUCGCAGGCGGAGGACGAGAGGCGGCGCAGCGACGACGCCUCGCGUGACAUGGAUCAUGUGGCGAUGCGUCUGCAGGAGGUGGUGACCAUCUUCCACGAAGUCGACAGAGCGGCACUGAGGCUGGAGCAAAUGACUGAGCAGCGCAGAGAGCGACUCCGCGAAAUGACUCGCCAGCGGGCACUCGAGGAUGAGAUCAAUGAGGUCUUAACGUGGAUGAGAAACGACGGUGAUGAGUCUCUGCAUAAAUAUACACAAGUACCACUGGAGUCGGGCGACAUAAUUAAAGAUCAAGAGCAAGAUUUUGAGAAAUUCUACUUCAUAUCGAUGAAACAUCUUGCCAAGGGGCGAGAUCUUCAUGAGGCCACGAUGGAGAUAGAGAACCUCAAGGACAGCGCGUGUGCUCUCAAGCAGCACCUCAGACAGUUCAGCGAGAAGCUCGAGACGACGCGCGAGAGGAUCGAGGGAGCGGCCAGACUGCAUCACCUGCUGGGGCUGCAUCUGAAGGAGGACGAUGUGCAGCUGGAGAUGCAGCGCCUGGCGGAGAAGAUCGGCGAUCUGGGGCUCAUUGAGCGAUGCCGCGAGGCCAAGAACAGGAGCAAGUGCGAUCCGCCGGAGACCAGCACGCCCAUCAAGAGCACACCCGCGCCCAAGACCACGCCAGUGCAGAUCUGCAACUGCUGGAUGGAUCAGAUGGAGGACAGCAAGCCGGCGCUGCCGCUGCUGGCGGAGGCGGAGAAGGAGGACCGCGAGGAGGGCCUCGAGGAGGAGGACGAGGAGGAGCACUCGAAGCUGGCGGACUCCGGCCUGGGCGGAUGUGAUCGAUGUGAGGGCAAUGACAAGCUGACCCGCGCGUGCUCGUGCCAGAGCUUCGAGGACGCCACGCUGGCGUGCGUGAAGAGCAACAACAGCGACGAUCUCGAGGAGGACUUUGAGGUGUCGCAGAAGCAGACAGACAUACCAACACCCUUUCAGCCAAACUCCCAUCUGCACUGUCACUCGUCCAAUCUCCACCUGUCCGAGUUUGACGAGGAGACGGGCCUGGAUCAGAAAACGCAGAAGACGCUUCUCUUGAUCAUGCGAGAAAUGAUCGGAACAGAACGCGACUAUGUAAGGUCGUUGCAGUACAUCAUUGAGAACUACACCCAGGAAUUGCUGAGGGAUGACAUCCCUCAGGCGCUGAGAGGUCAGAGGAAUGUAAUAUUUGGGAAUGUCGAACGCAUCUACGAAUUCCACCAACAGUAUUUUCUAGAGGAGCUCGAGAGAUUCGAGAAGAAUCCUCUUAAGGUUGGAUCAACCUUCUUGCGACACGAGAGUAAAUUCUAUCUUUAUGCCCUGUAUAACAAGAAUAAGCCCAAGAGUGACUCCCUGAUGAGUGAAUAUGGAACGGCAUUCUUCAAGUCCAAGCAACUGGAGUUGAACGACAAGAUGGAUUUGGCGUCGUACUUACUGAAGCCCGUGCAACGAAUGGGAAAGUAUGCGCUUCUUCUUCAACAACUCAUGAAAGCUUGCUCCAAUAUUCAGGGAUCGGCACUGAGGUACAUUGCAGAGGAUCUGGAAGAGCUUCAGAAGGCCGAGGAAAUGGUUCGCUUUCAACUGCGUCAUGGCAAUGAUCUGCUUGCCAUGGACUCCCUAAGAGACUGUGACGUUAACGUCAAAGAACAAGGAAGACUUCUGCGACAGAAUGAGUUUCUUGUGUGGCAAGGUCGUGGUGGCAAAAAGACACUGCGCCAAGUCUUCUUAUUCGAGGAAUUGGUUCUCUUCAGCAAGGCCAGGAGAUUCCCCGAUCGGAAGAAUCUCGAUCUGUACAUCUACAAGAACAGCAUUAAGACAUCUGACAUCGGAUUAACUGCCCAUGUGGGUGACUCAAGUACAAAAUUCGAAAUUUGGUUCCGAAAGCGAAAACCAGACGACACUUGGACUUUGCAGAGCAUGUCUGAGGACAUCAAGAACAUGUGGACUGAAGAGAUUUCCAAGCUUUUGUGGAAACAAGCCCGAAAGAAUCGAGAGAUUCGACUUCUGGAGAUGUCCUCAAUGGGCAUCGGUAGCAAACCCUGUCUUGAUAUUCGACCGAGCCAAAAUCAAAUUAAUGAUCGAUCCAUCAGUUUUUCACAACUUGGCAAGACGCCCAAAUUCCGGAACUCCUUCACUGGCAGCCAGACAGAAGUGAAGACCGCUCGGCGUCCCAAUUCCAUCAUUUCCGUGAGCAGCAUGUCCUCCGGCACGAGCAGUUCCUCCGUGAGCACGAGCGCGGCGUCCAGCAAUGGCAGCACUUCAGGCGCCGGAAGCAGCAACUCCAGCGCUAAUCCCUCUCGAUCGUCGGCCAACACACUGCAGCUGGUGGAGGAGAACGUCCCAAUUACCACUUGUAUUGCAUCGACGCUGGGCAGUGCGCCAAGUGGACGAAAGCACCACCGUUCGACAACAUUAGUCAGCCAAUGUUCUAUGGAGAGUGGGAUAAUAGCUGACAUUUCCCUGUCGCCGGAUGAGGCCAGCGAUUUCCCGCCAAAUUGGAGUCAUGCACUGAAGAAGUCUCAGAGCUCCUCGACAACGUCUGAUAACCAAAAACCCGCAGCAAGUACGGAAGAGAGGCCACAGUCCAGUACACCAUCACCAUCAUCCCCCAACCCUUACAUCACAGACUCAAUCACCGUCCACCUCUAAGGCCGAGGCACCAGAGACUCACGUUGGCUCUCACUGAAUCUGGACGCUUCCACACCUUCCAAAUUGUACAUACUUGGGAAAAAUUUUACACCACAACUUCAUCAACACAAACACUCUCACCCUCAAUGAAACAAGCAGCCUUCUGUCCCAGACUAAAAAACACCCCCAGGAAAAAAAAAUCACACGGAUUCCGCAGUUCAGAUGCAGUUUCAGAGAAAAUGUACCUACAAAAAAUAUACUGACGAGAAAUUUUUAUAUAUUUUAUUCACUAAUGCAAUUCUUAAUUAUUGUAUUGAUUUAGAGAAUGAGAAGAAAAAAAAGAAAACUAUUUCUAUAUGUAUUAAUUCUUAAUUUAAUGAACAGAAAACAGCAAGUAUAUAUAUAUAUAUAUCUAAUAAUGUUAUGAAGAAAAAUUAUAUUGUCUCCCUAUUUUCGCCAUUUAGCCAUUUAAGUCUGCCAGAGAGAGAGAGAUGAGUAGAAUUAUAUUAAUGUAUUACUUUCCAAAACUCUUACUAAUAGUUUCCAAAUAUACAUUUUAUUUUAUUCUUUUUGUGUAUUUCACACACUUUUCUUGAAUAUACAUAUGCAUUAUUAUACAGCAACAAAGCGAUGGUCUUUUACUUCC